UCCAGGGCGGAAUGGCAAGUCUCAUGUAAUUGGUUAUGCAACUGGUGCAUUGACAAGUGACACUACCUCGCAAGAUUGUUGUAAAGCAUGUAUAGCGGAUACGAAUUGUUAUCAAUGGAUUUUCAGUGAGGGUUAUUGUUAUGUGUACCAUGCCCUCGAUGAUACUGCUUGUUUAGAACCAACCAUAUCGCUAAGCGAAUUUAAUCAGGAAGGUGGUAUUAUUCGUUGUAAUGAUGGCAGUGGCA